UGGAGUUUGAUUAUAAUAAGUUGAUUUUAGCUCAACGUCGUCACCAUUUACCUGUGUUUUAUUGUGAAUAGAGCAGGUGCCAUUUAAUGAAACCAAAUAAAACGUUUAGUGAAAGAACAAGCGGUCAAAUAAUGAGCUUUUGAGUCGGAUGGAGAGAAAACAUCGUCUAGCUAAUGAAGACAACCUGUUUUGUCCUCCACACCACUGCAGAUCCUGUUUCAUUUGAACAGCUGGUAUUUUGCAGCAUUUUUCAUCGCUGAGAUUCUUAUGUUUAUCUAUAAAGGUGUGAUACUCCCUUACCCACAAUCUAACCUGAUAUUGGAUGUCGUUCUGCUGCUGCUCUUCCUGGGCCUUGAAACCCUCAGACUCUUCUAUGGCUGGAAGGGGAACCUGUGCCAGCGCUCUCUGGCUCUGUUUGUGAGUGUUAGUGUUCUGGUGCCCUGUGCGGUGCUGAGCGUCUACUACCUGCUACUUCAGACCUUUGUUUUACGGCUUGAGGUUGUUCUCAACGCUGUGCUGCUCUGCUUUUACGGCUUUGAGCUGCUUCUGGGAAUGAUGACCAUCUCUGUUUUUUCAAGGGCCAACGUUUAUUAAGUCCAUCUGCUUUUUUGAUGUCAGGAUGAAAAGACUGAAGAGAAUAAGAUACAGUCUUUCUGACUGACAGCUGUCAAAACAUGUAUGUUUCAUAAAACAGACAUUUCAUAUAUAUACUUUUUCUAAUAUUUAUAAAGCACCUUUAUUAUGUAGAACUUGAGAUGUUAUAAAAGCAAAUUUCAGUUCACAAUUUUUUAUGUAAAUGUAAAGAUUGCCAUUAUUAAAUGGUAGAGUGAA